AGGGCGCCGCUGACGUUUUUCGCUGUCAAACUUGAAGCAGUAAACAAACGGCGUAGCGUUGAUCGAAACCCAAAUAGCACCAUGUGUAGUGAUGGAAUUUGUUAGUCUAUAGCUGGCCUUCAAACUAAUUCGAACUGAUAUCGUGUGAUCGUGUGAUUCGUGAAAACAUCGAAAGCUCGUGGAUGUCACACCAAACUAACGAAACGCGCAAAUCCAAUUUUGUCGCAGACAAAAUGUCACACUACGAAGUGUUGAAUGUUGCACGGGAUGCAUCGCAGGAGGAAAUUCGUAAAUCGUACCAAUCGCUGGCGCUUCGGUUUCAUCCUGACAAACUGCAAUCCGAUUCAGUAGAUGAGGAGAGCGUGGAUAGUUCCGAUUGGUUUAUACGGAUAGAUGAAGCCUGGAAGGUGUUGCGUGACGAGGGAUCACGGCGCGUGUACGACGCGGAGUUGCUGCAGCGCACGUGUCAGGAGCAAUACUUUGUGAAUGAAGUUCUCGCCAGGGAUGAUUUGAAAUACGAACAGGUCGAGCAUUACUAUUACCAUGAUUGUCGUUGCGGAGGAAUGUAUGUGCUGCCGGAGGAACUAACCAGAGGCGAAAGCGUUUAUCUUUCAUGUGAUGAAUGUUCUCUUUUGGUGCAGGUGAACAACGCAUGAAAAUGUAAUACAAAUUCAUCGGAAAACUUUUACUUUGUAUUUAUAAACAUAAUUAAAAGCAUUACGUAUAA